UUUGAGAUUGUUCCUUGUUUGUAUUGAAUGUUUUAAAUAUUAACUAAAUGAAAUAAAGUAUGAAAAUGAAAAAUGAAAAAAGUUAAUAAAUGCCUUAAUUAUCUGCCUUAAAUCUGAAUCCAUAUCCGUGGUUAAUUAAUUUGUCAGAAAUUGUGAGAAAGAAGAUAAGAGAAGCCAGAGGCAAGUUUAUUCAGUAUAAAAAAAAAUCCAUAAAUAUUAUUUUACACCAUCAAGACUUAACAGAAUGGGUUUAAUUAAUAAUGAUUUAUGUUGGAAGUGUGGGGCAGAAAGUGGCACAUUUAUUCAUGCAUUAUGGGAAUGUUCUAAGAUCCUCCCCUUGUGGGAAAAAGUUAUAGAUUGUAUGAGUAAAUCAUUAAAUUACGAACUUCCCAGAUCACCAAGAAUAUGACUCCUGGGAGACAAAACUAUGGCACCCCUGUUGAAUAAAUACAGUUUUAGAAUAUUAGAAACUGGCCUAAUAACAUGUGCACAGACUAUUCUGAGGUGUUGGAAGGAACCCCAACCCCCUACACGAAGUAUGUGGAAAACACUGAUGAUGGAGACUGUAGCUUGUGAGAAGAUGUUGGGGAGGUUAAAUUGUAAAUAUGAUAUGAUAAAAGAAAAAUGGGAUAGUUGCGGUAGACAGAUGUAGAGCCGGCCCAAGGCAUGAGCGAACUAAGCACCUGCUUAGGGCCCCACGUCCAGUAGGGGCCCCCCAAAAGCAAUUAAAGGCAAAUCAAAGGCAAACAAAAAAGUUUAAAUAUUUUUUAUUUUUUGCAUGUAUGAGUGAUGCUUUCUGUAAGAUCAAAUAUAUAUUAUUGUAAAAAUAAAAUAAAGCAAAAUCAUUUUAGUGCUGCUGCUGAUGUAGGCCUAUGAUUCGUACUGCCGAUGACACUUUUACAGUAAACACAAUGCUUUAUCACUUGGAAUGUUGUGAAAAUCAACCCCAUGCCGCUCUUGUAUUUGAAUGUGUUACAUUUUGAUAUUAAAAAACAUAUGUGGCACCCUGAUCAUUGUUCAUCAGUCAUUCAUUGGUAUUAUUUGUAUGGUUGCAUUGGUAUUAUUUAUGUUAUUACCUAGGCUGCCCCUUAAAAUGUGUAAAUAAACGUCAGGCACAUUAAAUUUGUACUGUAGUAGGUGUGUGAAUGAUCAAUAAUCAAUAUAUUGGUAGAAAUAGAGGGCCCAAAAAUCAAAUUUUGCUUAGGGCCCCAUUGAGGCUUGAGCCGGCUCUGUUGUAAGAAGAUGUUGGGGAGGUUAAAUUGUGAAAAUGAUAUGAUAAAAGAAAAAUGGGAAAGUUUUGGUAGACAGAUGUGUUAACUUCCUUGCCUUGCCAACCUACGUGCCUGUCUUAUUUUUAUUUCAUUUUAUUUAUUUCCUUUUGUGUAUUUAUUUAUUCUAUUAUUAUUGCUAUUUUUGACCUCCACUACAUCUGUUUUGUUUGUUGUUUGUUUGUCUGUUGUAAAACUGAAAAAAUAAUAAACUUUACAUUAUAAAAAAAAGAAAAAAAAAGAAAAAUGAAAACAGUUAAUAAAUGCCUGAAUUAUCUAUGUCUUAAAUCUAAAUCCACAUCCCUGUUUGAUUAAUUUGUCAGCAAUUGUGAAAAAGAAUAGGUCUAGUGGUGCUUGCACAUCCCAACUUCAACUCAAAGGUAACUAUUGAUAAUCACUCAGAGAUGUUAUUAUCAAUCGUGGCUUAUCUCGCAUGUGCUAAGCCUAUUGUCACAUGUUUCACCCAUGAAAACUGGGGGCGGACACGGGAAAAUGUGCUGGAGUGAGACCUCUUGCGCGCUCCCCCUUCUCUCGCUCUCUGUGUUAUCGCCGAGCCCAGGCAGCUCAUUAGCAUAAAAUGUGUGUCAGUAGGGCAGCGUGAGCUCACAUGCCAUGCGCACAUGCUGUAGAGCUUUAACCAGCAUUCCAAUGUCGAACGAGCCCAAUGUGCCGUCUCCACGCGGGGCUCUCGGCCAAUGAAAAAGUGCGAAAACGUAAAAAAAAGAGUGGGGGCAUGUAGAGAGGAGGUGGGUGAAAUGUUUUCAGAGAGCGUGACAGAAAGAGGGAAGGAGGGGGGAGAGAAAAAAAGAGAGACAUCCCUGAUACACAUCAACAAACAGGCGGUUUGACGGGACACAAAAAGAGAGCAGAAAAAAACUGGUCACAUUUCUCAGGCACCUGAAAACGUGCUGGUUAUUUUAAGACGCGUGUUGCUUAUUGAUGAGUGGGGAGUGUUUAAACUACUUCCACUCCGGUCAUGUUUUAAUAGUGACUGUACAUGGCAAGCAGUUGAAUGCUUGGGACCUCUGUCAUCUAGAGAAGUCUUAUUCAGUGAUAUCUUACCACACGCUUGGCAUCAUACGGUGCGCAGACGGAGAGCUGAGUUGUCCUGCAUCUACUCACCCUGGAAGUUAUUUGGAUCAAACCUGAGAUUUGCUCCAGUUUCCUCUAAAUAAUAUUUGUUUUAUUAGAAUUUUUUUCUUCGCUGACUGGGUUUUCUAGAGACCCCCAAUGCCCUGCGCACACUCCUGUUGGUCUGAUUUUUUGGAUAACCUCUCUAUGCCUUGGCAGUUUACGACUCUUUCACCUAUAUCUACGAAACUCCUCGGUGGCAAGCAAAGGCAAACAGACCAGCAUUAAGCGUCCACAAUUUUAACAGCAGGAGCAACAGAACAACGAUCGAAUAGGAAUCAUGGAAAACAGCCCCGGUGGUGAGUAAAAAUUUUAGCUGUACUAAUGCUUUUACUGAACUAUAACUUGAACUAAGAUGCUAAAAAGAGAUGGAGAAAAUGUUGCAUUAAGAGGAGGGAUGCCAUUGCACUGUUUGAAUGAAAUAUUACGGCAAUAGUUAGAAUAUUUACCUCCUUUUAUAAGUUAUUUAACACAAAAAUUGACCUGUUCUUUUUAAGAGAUAUGACUGUUUCACUUGUUUCAAUGCAUGCCAUUUAUGAUCAUGUAUGUCACCUGCAAGCACACAGAAAAAGCACAUUUUUGAUCGCAUAUCAUUUGAAUAUCUUCAGAGCUUUGUGCCUAAAGCUGUUUCACUUUUUCAACACAAUAUGCAGCUUUUUCGUCCCCGGCUUAGACCUCAUCUAUAAUUUAGGAGAGAAAAUUGCAUGCUUUAAGUGUAACUCAGCGUUGUAACAUAUGGCAGGUUGCCAAGUGCUUCUGGGCUGCAGACAGGAGAGAGUUUGGAGUGAGGGAGCUGAGCAGAGCGAGAGAGAGAGAGGGAAGUCCUCUCUCGUCAAUCUUUGUGGUGGACUUCCGAUUCUCUGCAUGUAAACAAACUCACGCGCAACCCCAAACGCCCCCUGACCGUGUACGUACAGUCGAAGGACAGUCCACUAUCCCACUUAGGUUUACCGUCGUUCUGCGUUAUAAGUUAAGUUGAAGUUUAGAGGCAGCUAUCAGAGUUCGCUUGAAUUGUUGCUGCCUCGGGCACGUACCGGAUGUUGUAUUUUUGGUUUCUGUGAGUCAUUACACUCGGUUUGUUUCUAACAUCUCUGGCAAAGGCGCAGCUUUUUUCCUCAAACACAUGUGAGUGUGUCAAAGAGCAGUCACGCCCACUGGGCCAAAACAAGUCACCGGUGCCAAGUUUCCUCUCCCAUGUACUGGUCAUGACCGGAAGAAACCGUUCUGUGAGUGAGGACCAGUUACCAUAACCCGAACUGGACAUUAUAACCUCUUAAAAAAAGUCGACCCAUUUAUCGCUCAGUAAUGAAUUUGACACCGAAGUUUAUGGGUAUGACAUUCGAUACAUGACAUUAGACACUUCACAUAAAUGCUAAACCAGACAUAGGUUACUAGCUUUAUCACAGCCUCAUACUGGCAUAGUUGAAAAUAGGUCGAGAGGGCAUUCGCAGUUGAAAACCAUAUAUCACAGCAAGACCCUGCGAUCUAACUCUCAUACGCUAUAAUGUAAACAGGCCACCACUAUUUACCAAAUAUUUCUGAUAACCUAUCUCCUAAGUCGUCAUGUCGUGUUCCUUAGGUGAAUGUUUAUACAAAGGACAUAAGACAUUAAACGACCUUGAACCGAAAAGGCUGUUUAGACUGUCAUGUCUUUUCAUCUGCUUCCCGCCCAGUGCACCCUGGGUAGUAACCGUCGUGAUGAUAUUCAGAAUCAUGCGCCGGAUUUUUAAUACGCAGUUACCCCGCCUCGAGCUGACAACACGUGUAUACAGCCUCAGUAUCCACGUGCCUCGCCUGAUUCCUAAGCAGCCCGCCCCUCUCGUUCGCUCCCCUCCACCGCGUGCUCUCAGCUCGAGCUCAGCUCGCACGGGGAUUCCUCUUUAUUUGCGGAUUGCUUGGUCAGUGGGUCAGAGGGGUUUAGCAGUGUUUUCUGUAUUUCUGGUUACUAUAACUGGUUUGUAAUGUUCACACGUGAAAUCUGUGGGCCAUAUUAAACGUUUUAUAUUUCUGUUUGGCGUGUGAAAGACUUAUUAACCUACAUUUGGCUGCUUUAACCUGGUUCUUUUUAGGGGAGGGGGGACAUGACUAACCAGUUCCUGUUGUCAUCGUGCUCACAUGCCACCGUUAUUUUACUGGUACAGUUCCAGCAAAAACAUGUUUACUGCCACAUUGAGCCAAUAUUUUACAGGCGUUUACUCAAGUCUAUAAAUUAAUUUUAAAAUCAACUUGUGAUUUUUAACAGAUUACCUAAAUUCAACAUGAAUGCGUUAUGGUGAUUUGAAUUGUUAAUUGUAUUUGCAAUUUUUAUUUUGACUUAUAGGGGAACUAUUCUGCAGGACUGUGGAAGAAAUAACUCAUGAUUAUUAUGCCUUUCACCCUUGUUGAUGGUUUUGGGGAAACUAUCUGUAACUUAGUCCUAAGCAACAAGUCAAAGUCUUGGGAUGUAUCUUGAAAAAAGCCAUUAAAGAACAAUUUCAAAGAGGCUUCCAAGUAUUAAAAAUUACAGAAUCUCUGGCAUUAUCAGCACACCUUUUACUGGUUUACAGUUAAGUACAGGGCUUCUUCUCAGUUUUGUGUACUUGCUUUUUUAGUUAGAAGCAACUAAUAGAAAAGUGCAAUUGGAAUUAUUUUAAUGGCGAGGACUAAAUUAAGACAAGAAACAAAGUAGCCUCCAGUGGAUGGGGAACUGACCUUGUGACCCAAAGUUAUAAUGAUGGACCAACCAGAAAAAGCUAUCAUAAGGAAAAAAUAGACAGUCAAAUGACUUUCUUUGGGCCUUAAAUGGUAUAAUUUAUAGCAUUUAUAAAGGUAUAAAAGUGAUCAAUAUGUUAAAGUGGAUCAAUGUGUCACGUGUCUUUCUUGCCAACCUAACAAUAAGCUCAAUGUUUAGCUCUGAUGGCAAUCCUGAAACCAGAUUCCCUGCGGUUGUCAGCGUGACAGACGAUCACACAUCAAGCUAAUUCAUAUUAAAGCGACUGUUGGUUCAGUGACAGAUAAUGUUUCUAUCCAGGAAUCGAGUAUAACCUUCUGGUCUGUCAUGUUGGUCUGCAUUUACUCACACACUUGCAUAAAAACAGCUGUGAAAAUUCAAAACACUUUAAAGUCCAAAGUGGAACAGCAUACAAGGGAAUCAUUAAUACUGAGCAAUAAAAUAUUGUAAGCUCAUGUGACAAAAAGCAUAAUUUGCUCUGUUGUCUUCAGAGAACAGUCCCCCUUUAAAGCUCGCCAGAACAUAGACACAUGACAUGCAGGCCAGAUGUUUCACGUGUAGUGAGGCUUACUGCCCAUGCACAGUUGUAUAUGUUCACAUGAGAGAGUACAGACUAGCCAGAGUUCAGAGGGGUGUCUCCGCCCCAGACGUUAUAGGAACAUGUUGUCUAUAGUUUUCCUUCCAUGUAUGCAUGCCCACACACGAGAGAGGGGAAGUCAUAGGAGGGGCAGUUGAGCGUUUUGUUUAUGCUGAAGCUCUUAUGGCCCUGUGUGUUUUCACAGGUCACAUGUUGUAGCCUGUGCAGGGGAUGAUAUUCCCAGAGCUCAUUCUGGCACCCAGUCAAACCAGAUUCCAGGAAAUGCUUACAAGGAGAAAGAAUAUGGAAUGUUUUCAUACUAGUGGGGUGGAGAAUGUGAAUGUGGAAGUUGGGUGUGGAGUUCAUGUGACAGUCGGGUGUGACUCACUCUUCUGCAGGUGAUACACAUGUCUAAUAAAGCUUUAUCUUCCUCCCACAACCGCAGACAAAAAAGAAAAAAACUUGCACAUGCAACAUUUGUGUGUAAGGUUAAGUCAGUGACACCGGAGCUGCCACCACACACAGCCCAUUAGGCUCAGCGUACCUAGCAUUCAAUAUUGACACGUGUGAGCAGUGGACUUAAGGAGGCACUUAGAGCUACACAGAAAUACAGCACGUGUUUUCUCAAAGAGAGAAAGCACAAGAGCUGAGGGAGGCUUUUUCUCCAAUGAGUCAAGGUCCUUGAGAGGAAAUGUGCACAGAAUGACAGAAUAAGAAGUCCAAGGGUAUUGUUAAAGAUAACCCUGCCACAACUGUUAGACAAAAUCAUUUACUUUACUCGCAGCUGCAGCUGUGUAACCAAGGCUGUCUUCUCAAUGAAAAUAGAUGUAGCUGCCCUUAAGUAACCCAAAAGGUUCAAUCGUGAUGAUCAUAUGAGCGUUAAACAUGAAGGAAGAUUGUGAUGCGUGUAAUUUCUACACAGCACAACACUUUGGUUGGCAGGCUGUCAUGCUCCAGUACUUGAGAUACCUGACACAGUGACUUAAAAGCAAAUAAAGGAGGGCAAACUUUGGAGUGAUGAGGGAAACCUAAAGGAGCAGAAAUGUGUGAUUUUUGUUUUAAUUUUACAGUGACUGUAUGCAGUAGCAGAAUUGUGUCAUCUUCGGUUUCACUUAGUUUUGGUAGUUUGUCAUUUUCUGAUAUUAAUAUCUCAAAUUGCUCACAAUGAAUAGCAAAAUAUGUCGAAAUAUUGGCCUAGAAAAACAAAACUGUAACCCUCUGCACAGUUUCUCAUAGGGAUCGCAGAGACCUAAUGUAACUCUGCCCUGCUUCCUUUCCUCUGCAUAUGUAGUCACAGCAUUAAAGCAGCUCUCUAUUCCAAACGUGAUCAGCCCCAGCACUUGUUAUUGUACUGCUGCUGUUGUCUACACGGGACUGCGCAAAGAGCCUUGUGAGCCGGGCGGGAACUGUGUCAAGAGUCCAUGUGAGCUCCCGGUCAGGUGGCUGGCGGAUAGAUGGGUCUGCAGGCCUGCAGCCAGAGAGGGGAGGUGGGGAGGGAGGGAGAGAGGCGGAGGUAGGAGGGGAGGCGGAUACAGAAGAAGGGGAGGAGGGAGAGGAGGAAAGACUUAAUGCUGAAAGCAGGCAGGCAGGCAGGCAGCUGGCUGGCUCAGCCUGCACGUGAGGGGCAGCCCUUCGUAUUGAAAGGGAAGAAUACUGUCUUGAAAACAAGGUGGUGGUGUGUGCAUGUGUGUGUGGGAAGGGGGGGGGGGGGGGUAAUAGGGCAUUUCCGACAUGAUGUGACAGCCAAAACAAAGGCUUGUUUAUAUCCCACUAUAGCACAAAAUGUGAAUGAGUUACUGUUAUUUAUUACUAACAUUUUAUAGGAUACCAUAUAGAUUUGCCGUUUUGUUACUUCAGAGGUACUUGUAAAAUUGAAAGGUUAAUGUGACAGACACUGAAUUUGGGCAGUGUACCAUAGCAGUUUAUAAGAUUUAAACAAUCCUGGGUGUGGAUGGUGGCUGAUUCACGCAAUAGAUACAGUUUGUUUGUCUCCCCCUCGUCUUUGUGUAUUUAGACUUUUUUUUUUUUAUUCAAGUAGCACUCUUUAACUGGCAACCAGCCUACUGGCACACAACGCUUUUCUACAGAUAUCCAGGUCAGAGCUUUUGUUUCUUAGCUGACUUUUUUUUCAAUUAUUCAUCAGAUCAAAUAUCUGUUGUCCAAACAUGAUCGGGGCUAUGCGUACGUGUGUGUCGAAGACUGCCAACUAGGCUCACUGAAUCAAAGUGGAGCAUUGCUCAACACUUGUACUCCCACUCACAUAUGAACACUGACCUAGAUGAAGAUGGGUGAACUGAGUUCUUGCCCUGUCUCUGUUCCUCCAGGUGGUGUUAUCUUGUACGCUGGCUCAUCCGGCAGUGCUAGCCCGAGCCCUGGCAGCCCUUCAAGUGGAUACCAGACCCAGUCGCCCUCCUCCCAUUCGCAGCCUUCAUCACCAGAGGGCGCCUCCUUUCAGGAGAUUGGAACCCCGAAGCAGAGGGGGGAACAAGGAGGGGGCACAACUUCCCCAAGAAUGGUCUUCCAGUUUCCUGAAGUAAACAAUGCUCCAGUUGCCCAAAUAACCACAGUAUCAUCUGCUACCUACAACCAUCCCACGGUGGCCAAAAGACCUUGUGGUUUCACUGGCACAUUCACCAGUAAGUACCCCUCACUUUAUUUUCUGCUCUGUGUUUACCUGCAGGCCAUUUUUUUUUAUACUUCCUUUCUGAUAUUGGAUUUGUGCCUCAUUCAUAGAAACCGGAGGUAUGGUGCUUCUGUGUAAGGUGUGUGGAGACAUCGCAUCAGGGUUCCAUUACGGUGUGCACGCCUGCGAAGGCUGCAAGGUAAGCUCGAACGAAGAUAAUCUUAUGUCAUGUCUUUGUAUGCAGAAGGUUAAAGCACUUACACACUGACAAAAAGACAGAUUUCAACCUCUUUGUCCUUUUGUGCUCUUUCUAGGGUUUCUUUAGACGCAGCAUCCAGCAGAAUAUCCACUACAAGAUGUGUGUGAAGAAUGAGAAGUGUCAUAUUAUGCGCAUGAACCGAAACCGUUGCCAACACUGCCGCUUCAAGAAGUGUUUGUCUGUCGGCAUGUCAAGAGAUGGUGAGAAACAUAUUAUAUCUUUGAGUCUUUAAGAAUUUUUCACAUACUGCACCUAGGACUCGUUGUUUUCUUUGAAAGCAUUGAAGAAGGGGCUCAGUCUUAACAAGAAUACAGGACUGAAUAUGAUGUUUCAGGUUAAAUUCCAAUACCUGUUCAAGGUUUUGCUCUCAUACCUCCUAGAAUUUCUCUCUUUUUUCAUUUGUUAUUCCCUCAUGUCCUCCUCUCUACAUGCCCUGCUCUCUGAUUUAUGGCAAGAGAAGCUUUAGAGUCCCUGCAGUCAUCAGUCACAGAAAAAUGGUGACAAAUAUAGUUUAUUUUGGGAAAUUGGGGCACAGAGUUGUUGAUUACCCCAUGUGCUCCCUAGAAUGCAAAGUUUUAUCCUCUCUUUUUCCUACGUCCUGACAUUUAGAAACAAUAAUGUAAUUCCAUCAUGUCAAUCGCUAAUACCUACAGAGCAGGAGUUGAAAUUAAAAUGUUCAUAACAUAGUUAAUCUUCCUCCUCACAUUAGUUCGCCACAGGACUCCUAUCUAUAGGGAUGUGAAGAACUAGGUGAUAAUAAAUCAUGGUUUUCUGGAGCAAACAUUUUUAGCCGACCCAAAAAAGCCAAAAUACGGCGCUGAAAAAUCACCCCCUAACUUAUCUGGUCACAGGGUGCCAAUGGCAUGUUUUUAUGUUUUAAUUAUCUGUCGGGUGAAAAAACUGAGAGUAAAAAAAGGAAAUAUUCUACCUAAGCCAGUGCUUACCUGAACCUAGUACUUUUAUAGAUCCACCAAGCCACUUUUAAUUUUCACAUCACGUCUUUGACAUGACAACAUGAUCCCUGCGCGCAGAUUAGUUUUUGAUCACCCAGUAUGUUUUUCUUCUCCCUACAUCUCCGUCUAUUAUUUUUGACCUUUCCACUUCACACUCUGUUACUUUGCUAAUGACAUCAUGUUCAGCUCUGUCGACCCAGUGACCUACUUCCACUGAAAAAAAAAAAAAGAGCCAGCGCUCAACGUCAAGACAGAAAGGGAAAGAGAGAGGGAGUGUGCGACUGGGGGAGGUGGUGUAGCAUACAGCGGGCUAUAAAUAGGGCUGUCAGUGGAGGUGCAGUAUUGAAAAGGGGGAAGGGAGGUUUGUAAAGGCUGGAGAGAAGGAGGAUGAGGACAUCGGAUGAAGUGAAGGCUUAAAUGUCUGAAUUGGGGUGAAACAGCUGUGAUGGAUAGAGAAUAGUCACAGGCUGUGUAGAGGUCUCUGGAUUAGUAAUCCUAUAGAUUAUAGUUUGAGUGUCAUCAGCAGUACCCAUAUUAAAACAAGAGGUGGUGUUUCUAUGUACAGCUGCCAUUAAAAAUCUGGCUGCAAUAUCAAAGCUCUGUGCAAGUAAUUACUGACAGAAGAUGCUCUCUUCCAUUUGUCCUUAGCUGUGCGUUUUGGGCGUAUUCCCAAACGGGAGAAGCAGAGGCUACUGGAUGAGAUGCAGAGCUACAUGAACAGCCUCAACGAAUCAGCUUCCAUGGAAAUGGAGGUAUCGUCUCCUCCAGAUGCUCCUUGCAGUCCACAAAACCCAGCAAAUGAAGGAGCAGGCUCCAUAUCGCAGUCUUACCGCAGCAACAUAAUUAGCUGUGACGAGAAGCCCCCUAAGAUUGCUAUUGGCAACAACAGCAAUUUGUGCACUUCCUCCUUCCAAAACAGUCCAGUGCAAGAAGCUUCCCUGUCACACGCAGCAACCCAGUCUCGGCACGCAGCUCAGGCAGAGCAGGCGAAUGUCACAUCAAGCUACCAUGUCUCCACAACCUGCCCUGUAGCCCCCAACAACAACAACAACAACAACAUUGAAAACUCCACUGACACCAAUGUCGACAACGCCAAGUACACCUUCUCAUCCAAUCAGAAUCAGUGCCCUUUCAGUGGCAGUCAGUCAUCUCAGGCCUACUCAGCCAACCACAGCAGCUACACAACCAGAGAUUUGCAGAACCAAAGUCCCUGCCCCUGGAAGCUCAACGGAGGAGCAAAAGUGCUGGUAAGACCUCAAGACCUUUUUCAGGAAUCUAAACACAUAUCAACAUCAGUGAAAAGUUUGUAACUCUUCCUGUUUUCUCCUCUCAAGGCCUGUCCCCUCAAUUCCUGCCCAGUGGCCCCUGCCAGCCGCUCCAGUCAAGAGGUGUGGGAGUCUUUCUCCCAGUGUUUCACCCCUGCUGUUAAAGAAGUAGUGGAGUUUGCAAAAAGCAUCCCAGGCUUCCAGUCUCUCAGCCAGCAUGAUCAGGUCAUGCUGCUCAAAUCCGGCACUUUCCAGGUACAUGUGGUUAAACUGUUGGUGGGAAGUAGUGGGAGUUUUUUUUUCUAUUUGUCAAAUCUUUUUUUUUUCUUUUUGAUGCUGACUUAGUCUGGUUGUGUCCACAGGUUCUGAUGGUGAGGUUCUGCUCGCUGUUUGAUCCCAAGGAGAGGACAGUGACCUUCCUCAAUGGGCAGACCUACUCCCUGGCAUCACUGAGGGCUCUUGGUAUGGGCUCCCUUCUUGACGCCAUGUUUGAAUUCAGCGAGAAGCUGGGCUCUAUGGGGUUGGAGCCAGAUGAGAUGGCCCUUUUCAUGGCUGUUGUGCUUGUUUCAGCAGGUAACAAUCUGAACAGUGCAUGCACGCAAACCCAAAUUGUAAAUACACUGCUUGUCUGACCUGAAUUUCUCCUUCCUCUCUCCAGAUCGCUCUGGCAUAGUUGAGGUGGGAGCAGUAGAGCAACUGCAGGAGAACCUCAUAAAAGCCCUGCGCUCUCUUAUCACCAGUCGCCGCCCAGAGGACAGCACUCUCUUCCCAAAGCUGCUACUACGUCUGCCAGACUUACGCACCUUGAACAACCACCACUCUGACAAGCUUUUAGCGUUCCGCAUAGAUCCUUGAGCUCUAAAAACUAAAGCCAACUGAGAUAUCGGCUUUGGAGGAACUCCCCUGCUCCCUAUGCAAGCCUGGCUUGCCACAUACAGCACACUGGCCUAUGCAUGAUAGACAGUUGUUGUGGGAGCUGUGCCGAGUCCAAUGCUGUGAGGGAGCAAACUUGGAAAAGAAAUCAGUGAAGGAAGUAGGCACAGCAGGAGGUGGAGGCACCUGAACUCAAACUGAUUCCUCCUCUAGUUGUUGUCAGGUUUGCCGAACAACAAACCUUUUCUGUGUUCUUCCUCAAGUUUUUUAAGUCCAAUGAGACCAUCUAGCCAUCACCUUUCACUCCUGGGGUCUGCCAGAGUUGUCAGCUUUUGUCCUCAAGACCAAAAAGAAGAAAAAGCGUGCUGUCCCUCACAAGACUUUCAUCGUCCUCUCACAGCUUACAAAGCUAACAAGAGGGAAGCACAUACUUCUGCCCAGAGAAACAGAGACAUGUUUGUUUAUUCACCAACUAUGAUUUAUAAAAAAUGAAUUUAUUCUACAUUGUGUAAAGGGCACUUUCCAUUCAUUAAAAACACCUCUUAAAUCAAUAUUUUACAUAGCAAUAGAAAUAUCUGAUAAGCAGUUGGAAGGACAGUUUGUUAAAAUGUUCCCUGUUUAAAUGGAAUAAGCUAUUUUCUCAAUAUGUCACCAUGUGAGAAAUGUCUAUGAAAAUCAUCCGUGAUUGACAAGUGUGUAACAUUUUUAAGAAAUGAACGUUAUCUGCAUCAUCUUUGUAUGCGGUAAUCAGGGAGAAAUUAUUGGUCAUUUUAGACCACUAUGAGGGGUAUAUGUUAAAGUGUUUUGUUGUAUAUUUUGUAUAUAACAUUUAUUCUUGGUUCUUGAUAGUUUGCAGAUUAUUGGAUAUGUAAAUGAAGUUAGUGUUGAGUUACUGUAUGUUAUGAAUUAUAGAUUGCUAUAAAGAAAGCAGCAUUUGAAUGGUGCGCUCAGAGUAUAAACUUUUUAUUUGAAGAUAUAUAAUUGAAAUAAAUGUAUUGUCAACUGACUGCAUCACCUUGUGAAUAUUUUGUAAAUGUUUUAUGGUGACACAAUAGAGUAUCAUUAUUAAAAUAACAGUAUACAGCACUUA